AGUAUCAAUUCUAAGACAGAAGAGAAUUGAAGAAAAACCAGACAAUUGGAGUUGACUUGCUCAGGAUUAUCCAGCUAGGAAGUGUCUGAGGCCAGAACUGAACUUAAGACUUCCUAGUGUCAGGCCUGGUUCUCUAUCUACUGUGCUACCUAGUUGCCCCUACUGCUAUACUUAAAAAACAAAACCAAAUCCUUACCUACUGUCUUAGAAUAGAAACAGAGUAUUGGUUCCAAGGCAGAAGAGUGGUAAGGGCUAGACAAUUGGGGUUAAGUGGCUUGCCCAGGGUUACACAGCCAGGAAAUGUCUGAAGCCAAAUUUGAACUCAGGACCUCCCAUCUUCAGGCCUGGUUCUCAAUCUACUGAGUCACCUAGCUGCCACUACUGGCUAAUCUUUCAAGGGGAAAAGGAUAGGCAAGUCUGGUUCCUGCCUAGAGAGUAUCAGGAAGCCAAUGAGGGUUUCAUGUGAUGGUCAGUAAAGUCCUAUUGGAACUGAAUCCCCUACCCCAUCUCAGCCACCAUGGACUGUCUGCCAAAUUCAGACUUUAACAGGUAGGGAGCACUUCUAAGAUCAUGGAAACAACCUCAGGAGUGAGUGGCUCAGGGCCAGCUCCUCCAAAAGACAGUUGCAGUAGCUGCGCUGUAGGAGAGCCUCUAGGAGUUACCUGGAGGAGUGCAUCUUCUAGGAUUUUUGGUUCCAACCUUAUUACUUAUAUUCUCAUUACCCAGAAGAUGGAGGAAACUUGUAAAAUUUGAUCAGAGGACCAAACUAGGACCAUUGGAGAAAAUUCAAAGGCAAAUAUGUUAGUUUUUAACCAGGAGUCACCUGAAAAUGGAAAAUGGCCCAAGAGCUUCCCAUCAAUGGAAAUCUCGGUCAUUGAUCCUUGGUCAAUUAAUAAACCUUUCAUUAAAGCUGGAAGGGGCUCUAUAGAUCCUUUAUCUAAUGCACCUUCCCAUAUUACAGGUGAAGGACCUAAGGUUCAGAGGGGGUUCCAAGAGAGACUAGGUGAGUCUGAGAUGAGGGCUUAUAGUUUGGGAUUACUGGAUAGAAUGGGAGGUUGGAUCAAUCACCUAUUCUGCCUUUCUGGGAAGCUUCCCCUCCCCCAAACCCAGUCAGGACAUAGGCUCCAGGCCCUAAGAGUUCUGAGGGAGCCUUAAUAUUCAUCUAAAGGCUUAAAGACCUCCAGAGAUGGGGUCUUACCUUAUGAAACCUGUUCAAUGUUGAGACCGUUCUCAUUAGAACUCAUCUAAUACCUGCCCUCUGCCCCUCUUGUCUUUGCUCCCUAUUUCAGGACUUCAAAACAGCUGUUGUUGGUGGGGGUCUCUGGUUCCUUGAGGUUGACAUCUUGGGAGAUCUGACUCUGUUGGAGUUUCUUUUUCCCCUCAACCCAAAUCUUUAUUCAUUUAUUUAUAUUUUUAAAUAUUUUCCUGUGGUUACAUGAUUCAUGUUCUCUCCCUCCCCAUUUCCCUCCCCCCUCCCAGAGCUGCUAAGCAAUUCCCCUGGGUUAUACAUGCAUUAUCACUCAAUACCUGCGUCCAUAUUAGUCAUUUCGGUAAUAGAGUCAUCUUUGAAAACCCAAACCCCCCACCCUAUCCCCAGAUAAACAAGGGAUAAAUCAUAUGUUUUCUUCUGCGUUUCUGCUCCACAGUUCUUUCUCUAGAUACGAUAGCAUUCUUUUUCCAAAGUCCUUCGGCAUUGUCUUCUAUCUUGUGCUUCUCCUUGCUAAGGAUGGAUGAGGAUAUGGGGAGGAUUUAUGAGAACCAGACCCAGAAAAUUAGAGCAGGCUCUGCUCCCCAUGGAAGAAAGAGACCACCAGAGGGCAGCCUUCACCAUGCCUACCUGCACAGCUGGGAAUUGGCUGCUGGGGAGUUUGGGGGAAUGGGGGAAGCUGGGAGGCUUGGGAUAGCCCUGUUCCCACGGCCUCUGGGGCUCCUCACCUGAGUGUGAGAUGGGGGAGGGAAGGGAUCAGGCCCAGUCGCCCAAGAUCCCAUCCAGGCUUCAGCCUACCUCCAGGACCUUCUGCCUCUCUGGCUACAACCCACUGGCCCGAUGGAGUUCUGGCUGGCGUGCCCAGGGUGUCACCAGUAGUAAGUAGCAGAGCCCAGAUCUGGGCUCCCCCAAAUCUGGGGCUCUUUCCAUUAUGCCUACCUUACUGUCUUCAAGCCUUUCAUCCAGGCUCCCGCUCUCCUAUGGCUUCAGACCACACACCUAGCUGGCCUGGGGCUGGGAAUACAGCCCGAGGAGGAGGAGGGAGUUGAAAGAACUCUGUGGGGAAUGAGGCAUGGGAGUGGGCCCAAGCAAAUUUGUUCUUCUUCCCUCCUGUGGGGUUUCCCAUGGAGAGAGGUCUAUUUAGAGUGAGUUUCCAGCUCACCCCAGACCCCACACAACAGAAACUCGUAGACAGCAGGGUCAGUCGCUUUGACCCCUGAGCCCUGGUCCCGGCUGGAGUGACAGCAGCAGCAUCUUCGCACAGAAACCCGGAGGGCCUGGUCAUUGAGAAGAUGCUGGUUAGACAACUCACAGCUUUCCUCAGCCUGAUGAGCGGGGUCUGGUCCAGCCCCCCAUCCUCCAAGACGACAGCUCCAAUGCUCAGGCCUUUGCCUUCCCCGGUUUCCCAAGGAUCCAGCAUUUACUUCCCCCCUCCGGGGGUGGGCUCCGGAGAUGGGCCAGAGAUGCUGGCGGGAGAUGCUCAGAUCUCUGCUUCACCCACCCCUAUCUCCCACAGCUGGGAGACUUUCCUGGGUUUGCAAAUGGGAGGAGAUUCGGGGGAACUUGGCGAGCCUGGCAAGCAGGAGCUUCAAGGUGCUUCAAGACUGAAUCUCCAGAGGGAGAUGCCACUGGAAGAAGAAGAGAUGCCUGCCAUGUCCCUGCCCCUCCGUGCCCAGGAUGUGGCUGGGGAGACAUGCAAGACUGUGCCCUUCACCCAGGUGGUCUCCCGGCCUGGCUGUACCUCCAUCCGCCUCCAGAACAAGUUCUGCUUCGGCCGCUGCAGCUCCUUUUACAUUCCCAGCGCAGGCCUCACCAAGUCCCACCUCUGCAACAGCUGCCUGCCCUCCCGCCAGCGCCGAGUGUCCGUGGUCCUCUGGUGCCAGGUAGUUGGCAAACCCUCCACCCAUAGACGGCUGAAGGUGUCCACCUCACUCGUGGAGGCCUGUCAGUGCCACACACACAUGUGAACAGGAGUACAGCGAGAGGAAGGUGAUGCCCACUGGAUGCUCCCAUUGUCAGACAUGCUCCCCAGUGGGCCCCUGAAGGGCUUCUCUGGCCUAUGUUGACCUUCCUGGGCUUCCUUUUCUCCCAUCUUCCUUACGAUGGUCCCUGGCCUGAUACAAUCCAGACCAGUAGGCCCAAAGGUUCUAGAAGCCUUGGGCCUCCAGAGUUAUUUAUUAAGAGUUAAGUUGCCCUGUAAAAACAUAAAGGAUCUGCUUGCUCGAAA